AUGCCCAAGAGAAAGAGAAAUACCGAAUCUUGCAGGCCGAACAAGAAACAGAACACAUCUUCAUUAGGAUCCAUUCACCCUUCUUCCCUGGGAUUGCGCCAGCAUUGUCCUGCAGCAUCUGGAUAUCCGGGACCUAGCUUGUUGCGAACAGUUGUCGAAUACGCCGCAUUCAGAAAACUCGCAUCUGGAAGCGCAUCUUGCGGUCGUAGAUACCAAACCAGCGACACAGGGGUCUUCGAUACGAGUGGCAAUUUCACAGUCUGGCAUACGGGCGACACCAUCUUCUACCAGAAAUUGGGAUUCCGCCAAGACGGAUCUCUGUAUACAGUCCAAAAGCUGCCUUUGAGGAUUACUGGGGAUAACCUCCGCUAUUUGGCCGUGAAUCAAGACGGGGAUUAUGCCUUCUCAUUGGAAACAGGAGAGAGACUGUGGAAGCGACGGGCAUCGCCCGACGCCAGCUUAUUUGCGCUUGGAAGAAGGAGGGUUUACCUUGUUGGUACUGGCCCCCAGAACCGCCAUUUAACAGCGCAUGAUAUAAAAUCUGGCAGGUUGCUGUACGAGGUUCCAUUCCCGUACUCGGUACGCAGGUCCAAACCGCCCAUACCUGUCCAGCUAGGAGGGGACGAGGUUAUAAUCCACACCGACGCUGUUUCAUCCGAAAGAAGUCUUUCUGCUGUCGACUAUGUCCAUGUUAUCAAUGGGGCGGACGGCCAGGUUAUUCAAACGAUUCCAACGCGCAUUUGGUGUCACGGUUCGCAGAUAAUACCACGACCUGACGAACAAGGUGGUUUCGCCAUCCUGAGCCACCAUCGCACCAGACACUGGUAUGUCAAAAUACAAAAGUUCUCUCAGGACGCAGAAACCAGGGCCUUUCGAAGCAACAGCACAGAGGUCCUAGACUUGGGUAAGUAUCCCGAUCAGAUCAGACAAAUCGGCAUCGAGCCUUAUAGACAUCUGGCCGUGAGUCUGGAAGGGCGCCGUGUGUUACCACGGAUAAGAACGAUACAGGAAGCCCACAGUCCGAGUAUGGAUGCGCAUAGUUUGCCAGCUGAUGCCGCGAGCAAAAUCGAUAAAUGGCUCUGUUUAGGGCCGGGGCAAGAAGUGACUCUUCCCCCGAAGUAUAAGCACCAUAGAGCUCGUCGGCUGUUCAUCCCAGGACCCUUGGACUAUGACCCAGAUAGCUGCAGGCUGAACUUUGCGGGCUGGGACAGAUUUGUCCUGUUUACCGAACCAAGACAGUUCUACUGUUUGUUUGAUUUCAGGUUCAGAGCCCCCAGCAAUAUGCCGUCAAACGUGACCCCUCAUCCUACGACACUAGAGUUGCGCUAG